UUAAUGCAUUUACACAGGGUUGGUUUAACUAGGGUUUCCCGUAAGUCAUAAGUUUAGAAUACUGAUGUCAAAGUUUUAUUUUAGGUUUCGGUUCCUGUACAGCUUAUAAAUUUGUAUUUGAUGUAAUUGUCAUAGACCAUUUUUUGAACAUUUCGGCACCCUCCCUGGCUAUGCAAGUGUGAUAUUCAUAGGUGCAAUUUGAGUUUUAUAUUUAGAGGAGGAACUACAAUUUUUUUUAAACAAACCUAUAGCAAUGCACCCCAACACUUAUUGCUUAAAUUAUAUUCUAAAGACAGUGGCUGGUUUGAUACAAACUACCUUGUUAUUGCUAUUAUUUGUAUUUUGUUAAUAUUGUCUAUAUGUAUAUAAUUGAAAAUCAUAAUAUUAAAAGGGGUAAAGUAGGUAGCAGCUUUGCUGUACAGUAGGUGUUGAGUAAGUCACUGUAAUGUAAGUGUUAAAUUUGAAUUCAAUGACAAUUCAUUGAACAUGAAAAACAAUUUUGAGCAAAGAUAGUCAGUCAACUAAUAUUUUAGGAGAAUGGUUGAAUUAAUUUUUGCCAAAAACAUUGUACCAAUUAUUAUAUAUUAUUAUUAUUUUUAUUAUUGUAAUAGGUAGGUAUUUUUUGGGUUAGGUACAUGGUAAUGAUGUUGCCGAUAAUCUGGCCAAAUCCACAUCUAAUCUACCCUUCUCUUAUUCAUUACCCCAGUCUGAUUACAACCCUUUUUUUAAAAGUUAAAUCUAUGGUCUUUUCACUGGAAUAACAUCUGCAAAUUUGAUUUGAGAUAUAGAUAUAUUAGACCCAAUAUCUUCAAAAAACUUGGUUUUUUUGAUUUGUGGCGGGUGUACAGCUGAUUUUGAAGGGUAGUGGGGGAAGUUAACCUUUAUGGAUAAGCCUCGCCCCCUAAUUUGUGACUAUGAUGAUUUUAGUUUCUCAACAUUUAUGAAAUAUAUUUGACUUUAUUUUAUCAAAAUGUACAAUUGUAGAGAGUAUUGUACACUCAAUAAUCCAAUAACUAAUUUGUUCAUUAAAUCAAAUGGUUCAGUAGUUAUCGAUUUAAAAAAAGACAAAGGUGGACCGGAUAUUGUAAAGUUGCGCCUUCAAUUAACAUUGAACGAAAUUUUUAAUGGAUCAAUAAAAUUAGUUGAGCUUAAAAGAAACCCUAGUACUCUUUGUGAUUCGAUAUCAAAUAAACUGCAAGUUCUGAAAAUAAAUAUACCACGUGGAUUUCCCACAGGAGGAACAAUAAAGUCUGAGGUAUCAAGGCCAGACAUCGGAUAUAACAAUGUUAAAACUGUAUACAUAUUUACCACGGAGGAUUUACCCCAUAAAGUUUUCAAACGAGAUAAUAUGAAUUUAAUUAUGGUUCAAAAGGUUUUGUUGAAACAAUUAUUACUUGGUAUAAGAAUUGUUAUUAACACAUUAGACCACAAAGUAUUAAGAGUAAAUAUCACGGAAGUCAUAACGCAAGAUUACGUUAAAGUAAUCCACAAUGAAGGUAUGCCUGAUAUGAAUGAUCCAUCAAAACGUGGUGACCUAAUCAUCCAGUUUGACAUAAUUUAUCCGCUUUAUUUACCAAUUUCAGAUAACACAUUAAUUUGUGAAUCAUUAAACGACAAAAAAAUAAAUACCUAAAUACUAAGUAGUUAUAAUUGUUUUAUGCUAAUUAUAUAAUUAGUAUGAUCAUAUUAUGUUAAUUAAAUUUUAUA